GAAGCUGGGCAGAUACCUUCUCCAGCUGCUCACGCUGUUCCUGUCCAGUCAGUCUUCAGCAUGGGGAAAGGUUUCUACAUCAGCAAGACUGUUGGGGUGGUCGGAAUCGUGGUGGGGGCGGCAGCGGUGGCCACCAUCAUCGCUCUGUCUGUGGUCUACUCUCAGGAGAAAGCCAAAAACAAUGAGGUGAAACCAACUGAAGGAACGACCACGACGACAACAACAACCACAACCACAAACACAAACACAACAGCUGCACCAACAACCGCACCAUCCACUGAGCCAUGGGACAGCUACCGUCUCCCUGACACUCUUCUUCCAGACACCUACGAUGUCACGCUGUGGCCACGACUCAAACCUGACGAGCGCGGCAUCUACAUCUUCACUGGAAACUCCAGUGUGGUCUUCAGGUGCGUGAAGGAAACUGACCUGAUCCUCAUUCACUCCAACAAGCUGAACCUGACCACAGCCCCCACUCUGACCGCGCUCGGCAGCACACCUGCACCGACCAUAAAGGACCGCUGGAUGCAGGUGACCACUCAGUAUCUUGUUAUUCAGCUAAACGGCAACUUGAGGGUGGGAGAAUCCUACAAGCUCUUCACUGAGUUCCUGGGGGAGCUCGCUGAUGACCUGGGAGGAUUUUACAGGAGCGUAUACCAGGAGAACGGACAGGAGAAAGUGUUGGCCACGACUCAGAUGCAGGCGACCUAUGCCAGAAAGGCCUUCCCCUGUUUCGAUGAACCAGCCAUGAAAGCUUACUUCAACAUCACUCUGCUGCACGAUCCGGAAACCACGGCCCUCUCCAACGGCAGAGACAUCGAGACUGUUGAGAUCAUGGUAAACGGCACUCUUCUGAAGAAAACAACAUUCGAACAAACCAAGAGAAUGUCAACAUACUUGCUGGCGUUUAUCGUCAGUGAAUUUAUAUCCACUGAUGCAACAGCAGAUGAUGUUAUGAUCCGUGUCUUCGCCCGUAAAGAUGCCAUCAACGCUGGUCAGGGACAAUAUGCGCUCAACAUCACUGGACCAAUCCUGAAAUUCUUCGAGGAGUACUACAAUUCUUCAUACCCGCUCCCCAAAUCAGAUCAGAUCGCUCUGCCGGACUUUAACGCUGGAGCGAUGGAGAACUGGGGGCUGAUCACCUACAGAGAGACGGCUCUGCUCUACGACCCAGCGGUGUCCUCCAAUGGGAAUAAGGAGAGAAUCACCACCAUCAUCGCUCACGAGCUCGCUCACAUGUGGUUUGGUAACCUGGUGACUAUUAGGUGGUGGAACGAUCUGUGGCUGAAUGAAGGCUUUGCCUCUUAUGUUGAAUAUCUCGGAGCUGACCGCGCUGAGCCCACAUGGAAUAUUAAAGACCUGAUCGUGCUGGGGGACGUCCACCGAGUGUUCGCCAUAGACGCUCUGGCCUCCUCCCACCCUCUCUCCUCUAAGGAAGAGGACGUCAUGAGACCGGAGCAGAUCAGUGAGGUGUUUGACGCCAUCUCCUACAGCAAGGGGGCGUCUGUGUUGAGAAUGCUCUCAGACUUCCUGACUGAACCGGUCUUUGCCCGAGGACUCAGUAGCUACCUGAACCACUUCCAGUUCGACAACACAGUGUACACAGACCUUUGGGACCAUCUCCAAAUUGCUGUAGACGAAACCGGCACCGACCUUCCCACGAAUAUCAGCGCCAUCAUGGACCGCUGGGUUCUUCAGAUGGGUUUCCCGGUGGUCACUAUCGACACUGCUACUGGCCAUCUGUCUCAGAAACACUUCCUCCUGGAUGCUGAGUCUGAAGUGACCACACCAUCUCAGUUCGGCUAUGAGUGGAUUGUGCCUAUUCGGUCGAUCAAGAACACAGGGCAGCAGUCUUUGUUCUGGCUGCUGACAAAAGAGGCUACUGAUACAGCAUUUGAGGUCACUGGGAAUGACUGGAUAGUGGCCAACCUCAACGUGUCGGGAUACUACAGAGUGAACUACGACAUGGACAACUGGGAGCGACUCCUGACCACACUCCGGACAUCUCAUGAGAGCAUUCCACUUCUUAACCGGGUCCAACUCAUCGAUGAUGCGUUCAAUCUUGCGAGGGCACAAAUCAUUUCGACCACACUGGCUCUGAGGACCACGCAGUAUCUGUCCGUAGAAAGAGAAUACAUGCCCUGGAAGUCUGCGCUUGACAACUUGGAUUAUUACUACCUCAUGUUUGACCGCAGUGAGGUUUAUGGCUACCUGCAGGCUUAUAUUGGGCAACAGGUGGGACCACUUUUCUACUAUUUCAAGGACCUGACCGGCAACUGGUCAAACAUCCCUGAAGGCCACACUGACCAGUAUAACCAGGUGAAUGCCAUCCGCAUGGCCUGUAGCACCGGACUGGAGGAGUGCACUGCUCUGGUUAGGGGCUGGUUUCAGCAGUGGAUGGACAACCCCAGCGUCAACCCGAUUGAACCAAAUCUGAGGGCCACAGUGUACUGCAGUGCCAUUGCUGCGGGUGGCGCUAAAGAGUGGGACUUUGCCUGGGAGAUGUUCCAGAAUGCCACCAUCGCCAUUGAAGCUGAUAAGCUGCGGGCUGCGCUGGCCUGCGCUACCACACCGUGGCUGCUGAACCGCUAUCUGGAAUUCACAAUGGAUCCAAAUCUUAUCCGGAAGCAGGACGCCACUGCCACCAUCAUCUCCAUCGCCGGCAAUGUAGUGGGGCAGCCUCUGGCGUGGGACUUCGUCAGAGCUAACUGGGCCUACAUCUUCACACAGUACGGCGGCGGAUCGUUUUCUUUCUCCAACCUGAUCAACGGCGUCACCAAGCGGUUCUCCACUGAGUUUGAACUCAAACAGCUGGAGCAGUUCAGGGAUGAUAACAGUGAAGUCGGUUUCGGCUCCGGCACCCUGGCCGUCCAGCAGUCCAUCGAGAGGACAAACGCCAACAUCAAGUGGCUUGCACAGAACAAGGCUGCCGUGAUGAGCUGGCUGAAAGGAGCAAUCAAUCCGUAACUCAAUAACCGCUCAGGGAAGGAGAGUUAAGAUUUCUGGGAUGAUGUAUUUUAUAUUUAAGGGCUCCCUUUAAGACAAACGCGCUUAUUUAUUUACCACAGUGUUCCACAUUUUAAUGUUUCUCAGAAUUCUCUUCCUUUGCCCCAAAUAUUGUAUAUAAUUUGUUCUACUUUUGCAAAAUGUACCAAAGAUUCACCAAUUUUCUCACCAAAU